UUCUAGACAUUUUGAUAUCAAUUUCAACAAAAGAAACCCAAAUUAUUCCAGAUUUUCCUGGUUUUGAAGGCUGAAAUUUCAGGACAUCUUUGAAUUUAGCUAACUGCUCAUCAAUUGUUGUACAUAUAUGCAUAUUUUUAAGAUUGGUGAUUCUGUAGUAUUGAAUUUUUGUCAUCCUAAGAUAUUUUUAAUAGCUCAGGUUCAAACAAGCAAAUAAGCAGUAUUUCAAUUUAAACAAUCACAGAUCAUUUUUAAGCAAGGCCAGUAAUAGUGGGUGGUUUGAGAGUGGGUGAGGUCAGGAACUCAGAAAACGAUGAGGUUUACUAUUUCAGGUGAUAUUAUUUGGAAAACUUUGACAUUGCUUUUCCUACUUUAUUAAUCAGUGUUUUGCAGCUAGAAGGCAAAUUAGUUGUUGCAAAGUAUCACACAUAGUAUCUGAGUUGUGAGGACCUUUGAUCUCUGCAUAUAUUUAAAGACUUGAAAGAAGUUGCCCUGAUACAGCUCUGAGGGGAUUGACUGACAAAUGGAAAACUUGAUACCAGGGCAGAAUAGACAAAUCCUGCAAAAAUGUCUCUCUAUCCAUCUCUUGAAGACUUGAAGGUAGACAAAGUAAUUCAGGCUCAGACUGCCUUUUCUGCAAAUCCUGCCAACCCAGCGAUUUUGUCAGAAGCUUCUGCUCCUGUCUCUCAAGAUGGAAAUCUCUAUCCUAAACUGUAUCCAGAGCUCUCUCAGUACAUGGGCCUGAGUUUAAAUGAAGAAGAAAUACGUGCAAAUAUGGUCCUGGUCCCUGGAGCACCAGUUCAGGGGUUGGUAGCAAGGCCUUCUAGUAUGAACUAUAUGGUUGCUCCUGUAACUGGUAAUGAUGUUGGAAUUCGUAGAGCAGAAAUUAAGCAAGGGAUUCGUGAAGUCAUUUUGUGUAAGGAUCAAGAUGGAAAAAUUGGACUUAGGCUUAAAUCGAUAGAUAAUGGUAUAUUUGUUCAGCUGGUCCAGGCUAAUUCUCCAGCCUCUUUGGUUGGUCUGAGAUUUGGGGACCAAGUACUCCAGAUCAAUGGUGAAAACUGUGCUGGCUGGAGCUCUGAUAAAGCACACAAGGUGCUCAAACAGGCUUUUGGAGAGAAGAUUACUAUGACCAUUCGUGACAGGCCCUUUGAACGGACAAUCACCAUGCACAAGGAUAGCAGUGGACAUGUUGGCUUUAUCUUUAAAAAUGGAAGAAUAACAUCCAUAGUCAAAGAUAGUUCUGCAGCCAGAAAUGGUCUUCUCACAGAGCACAACAUCUGUGAAAUCAAUGGGCAGAAUGUCAUUGGAUUGAAGGUGAGGAACAGAUCUCAUGCCUUGUUCUGUCACAGUUUAAUUACAGCAGAUGUCUUUUUUCUUUUGACUGUUUGGGUGGUACUGUUUUCCUAUUGGCCUCCCAAAAUAUAGAAACUUGGUGGGAGAUACAGGCGUGGGACCUGGGCUCUGGCCCUGGCCAGUCACAGGAAUUAUCUGGGCUGUUAUUUGGAGUUAUAAUUCCUAUAAUGACUAAAUGAUCUCUGUGGUCCCUCAGGCUAGAAUUCUAUGGAUACAUAUAAGCAGUGAAGAUUUUGAUGACAUUCUGCAUGUUAUUAGUACUUCGUUUUUAUAGUUUUUUCCCCUUCACAAAUACUUUUUUUUGAGACAGAGUCUCCCUGUUUUCGCCCUCUGUAGAGUGUUGUGGCGUCACAGCUCACAGCAACCCCUAACUCUUUCUUGGGCUCAAGCAAUUGUCUUGCUUCAGCCUCCCAAGUAGCUAGGACUAUAGGUGCCCGCCACAACGCCUGGCUAUUUUUGGUUGUAGUUGGCAUUAUUGUUUGGCAGGCAUGGGCUGGAUUCGGACCCGCCAGCUCUGGUGUAUGUGGCUGACGCCCUAGCUGCUGAGCUACAGGUGCUGAGCCCCUUCACAAAUUCUUAACUAAGUUUGUCUUAAGAUCUAAAGGUUUUAUUUAAUUGAGACCUGCCCAUUUCAUAAAUUUUGGUUUAGACUACAUGGUUAACUGAAAGUAUGUGGUAGUAUUGCAUGUGGAGAAAUUUAAUUUUCAGUAAGGAAAGAUGAAUUUUCUUGUCUAAUACAUUCAACUCAGUUUAGUAAUUUAGUUACCAGGUAUAAAAUUGUGUUUCUAUAGAAUUAAAUUACCAUUUCUGAUCGAAAUGCCAGAGUUAGGAUCUUAGAGAUAUUAGCAAAAUGUAGUGGGGUGUACAAUGUGUAUUUCUUUACCAAGAAUAACAUAAUUUUAUAUUUACUGAAUAUAAAAUUGGAAUUAAUUGUUAACGUG